AUGGGGACUCAUAGUUUAAGCAUUUUUAGUGUUGUAUUAUUGCUAUCGAUUUUAUGGAGUCCGGCGCUUAGUGAUAAAUGUUCUAUAGCCUGCAAAGGACCUGCAUCAUCAGAAACCUUCUUAAAUGGACAUACAUACACCUACGGAGUCGAAGGCACCGUAUCGGUUUAUCUGACUGGUGCUGAGAAGCAAGAGACUAAUGUCAAAAUAUUUGGGCAAGUUUCUGUAACUGCUUUGGGCAACUGCGCUCUUUCGCUGAAGGUCAACUCUUUGGCUAUUUCUGGACCUAAUGGCAAGAAAUACCAGGCACCAUCAGGUAUAGAUAAGGCUGUUCGCUUUAACCUCCAAGAUGGAAAAUUGGGAGCUGAAAUCUGUGCAGAGGAUGGUGACACCCGGGCCUCACUUAACAUCAAGAGGGCUAUCAUCUCAUUGCUGCAGACUGAACAGAAGCCUUCCACACAGGUUGAUGUAUUUGGUGUUUGCCCAACGGAUGUGUCUUCAUCAGAGGAAGGCAACUCAGUAUUGCUCCACCGUAGAAGAGACCUCUCAAGGUGUGCUCUCCGAGAGCAAGGCAAGAAUGAUCUGAUCACAGCCAUCUACAACCCAACUGCUCAAAUCAAGAACACUCAAAUCCUACAAUCCACUUUAAGUGUGGAGACCAAAGUGAACAAGGGUGUGCCUGAGAAAGUUGCUGCUACUGAGGAGUAUGUAUACAGGCCAUUCUCUGCUGGAGAGAAUGGAGCUAGGGCAGCUGUUCAUACCAAGCUGACCCUCUCUGGAACCAAGGGUGGUGGUGGCAAUGGAGCCAACUGCCCUGUUACCCGAACAAUCAUUUUUGAGAACCCUCACCAAGGUCAUGGAGACCACAGCAGCCCACAAAAUGUACUGGCGGCCAUCAAAGAGGCCUGUAAACACCUUGGUACCGAAGCUGGAUCUAAAUCUGCCGGAAUUUUUGCCCAGCUCGUCAGGAUUAUAAGAGUAACAAGCAAAGAUGAUCUCAUGAAGGUUUAUGGACAAGUAAAAGGCAACAAUUUGGAGAAGCGCGUAUUCCUGGACGGUCUGCUACGCGCCGGUACUGGUCCCAGCAUCGAAGCUUCAGUACAAGUCCUAAAGAACAAACAGCUGUCCAAACUUGAAGAGAAAUUGGUGUUCCUGUCACUCGCGAAUGCCAGACACGUUGACAGCGAUACCGUAAAAGCCGCUACUGGACUUCUCGAUCUUCCAGAUGUGCCAAAGGAGCUCUAUCUCGGUGUAGGAGCCCUAGCUGGUGUUUACUGCCGCUCCCAUGACUGCCACAGCUCUAAAGUUGAAGGUAUUGCUGCCCUCAGCAAGAAGUUUGCCGCUAAAUUGCAGAACUGCAAGCCCAAGACCAAAGUUGAUGAAGACAAUGUAGUAGCGGUGCUUAAGGGUAUCCGUAACAUCCGGCAUCUUGAUGAUAGUUUGAUCGACAAACUGGUCCAUUGCGCCAAUGACAAUGGCGUGAAGGCCCGCGUUAAGGUCGCUGCCCUUGAAGCCUUCCAGGCUGACCCCUGUGCUGCCAAGGUGAAGAAAACUGCACUAGAUAUUCUGAAGAACAGACAGCUGGACUCAGAAAUCCGUAUCAAGGCUUACCUUGCGGUAAUUUCGUGUCCCUGUGCCAAGUCCGCUAAUGAGAUCAAGUCUUUGUUGGACUCUGAACCAGUACAUCAAGUGGGUCGUUUCAUCACAACAUCCCUGCGUCACAUCCGCUCCUCGGCUAACCCUGACAAACAGCUCGCUAAGCAGCACUAUGGACUGAUCUCUACCCCUAGCCAAUUCAAUAUCGACGACAGAAAAUACUCAUUCUACCGCGAGUUUUCUUACAACGUGGACGCCCUUGGUGCUGGUGGUAACUUAGAGCAGACCGUGAUCUACUCACAGGACUCCUUCCUUCCGAGAUCUGCUACUUUCAACCUUACUGCAGAAGUAUUCGGACACAAUGUCAAUGUGUUUGAGAUCGGUGGUCGUCAAGGUAACCUGGAUCGUGUGGUGGAACAUUUCGUGGGACCUCGUGGUUUCCUUCGAACACAAAAGCCGCAAGAAGUCUAUGAUAACUUGUACAAACGCGCUGAAGAAGCGUUCAACAAGGUGGACGGCAACAUGCGCGGGCGCCGAUCAGUCAAGAGUGAAAUUGAUAACUUCGAUAAGAACUUAAAAGCAGAAUCUACUUCCUACAACAAUGAGUUAGAUUUGGACGUGUACCUAAAAUUAUUCGGAACUGAUGCAAUUUUCCUGUCACUCGGAGAUGAUAAAGGCUUCGACUUUAACAAGGGUCUCGAUCAGAUCCUGAAAAUCUUCAAUGAAGGAGUUGAAAAAGUCAAGCAUUUCCAGCAAGAAGUCCGCGCUCACAUGUUGUUCCUGGACGCCGAACUGGCUUAUCCCACCUCAACGGGUCUUCCACUCAAACUGGAUGUCAUCGGUUCAGCCACUGGACGCGUAGAUCUCUCUACCAACAUCGAUCUUAAGCAAAUCCUCCGUUCUCCACAAAAUGCCAAAGUGGACAUCAAGGUCGUUCCCAGCACUGACAUUGAGGUAUCCAUGGUCAUGAUGGUCGAUGCCAACUUGGUGAAUGCCGGUAUCAAGGGAAUCGUAAACCUGCAUUCCUCCACUGGCGGUCACGUGAUCGCCAAGGUCAUUGAGAACGGCCAAGGAUUCGAUCUCCAACUUGGUUUGCCAAUUGACAAACAAGAAAUUCUGACGGCUUCCAAUGAGCUCGUUUUCUUCACUGCGGAGAAAGGUCAACUCGAGAAGCGCACAGCCAUCAAAGUGGACGCUGACAAAAAGGAAUAUUCUGGAUGUUUCGAUCAACUAUCUGGAGUUCUUGGUCUUACCCUGUGUGGAGAAUUCUCUGUUCCCUUCACCUUCUCUGGUACUGAAGCUCAACAAUCCAUCUCAAAAUUCCUAGCGAAGUACCCAGUAGUUGGUCCAUCGAAAAUCCGUGUUGCGUUAGAGAAGAACGACCUUCGAGGAUACCACAUCAAGGGCGCCAUCAGAAACGACAUGCAGAACGGCAAAUACGGUGUCGAACUUUUGUUUGACGCUGAAGGUUCACAAAAUCGUCGCACACAAAUCAACGGUGACCUAAUUAGUAACCCCGAAGAGAAGAGCAUAAAGCUAAGCCUGGAAUCUCCAAUCAAAAACCUUUACGGCGAAAUCUCUCUAUUAACAAAAUCGAACGAACAGGCCCUUUUGGUGCAAGCCAAGAUGGAUGACAUGCAAUACUACGCGAGAGCUGGUUUCACCGCUGCUGGCAAUGACAGGAGGAAGAUCUGGAAGCCAAUUUUGGAAUAUGAAUUGCCAGACAAGAAUGGAAAGCAAAACUUGAAGGUUGACGGACAGUUGAUCCAGGAAACCAAUGGUCCAGCUGUCAGAUACACUCUGGAAGGCAUAAAGGUCAUUAUUCCUAACUCCAACGAGCCAGUGAGCAUGGAAGGACACUUCAGCCAAGAGCCCAAGUUGUUGGAGAUGGACCUGAAGGCCAAGAAAGGCCAACACAAUCUGUUACUAAGUGGUUCUCUCAAAGGCAGCGACGCAAAGAUCGAGUUCCAGAACACCCUUAACCCCUUCGUUAACUUCAAGAUUCUCGGACAUUUUGAGAACACCAAAUCUCUUAUUCACAAUGACAUAGACCUAUACUACGGUGGGGACCUCCGUAACCAACAGAACAGGGUCACUUUCAACCAACUUCUCAAAUGGGCUGAUGCUACAAACGUUAUUACGAAGAACAAAUUUGAAAUCCAUGCGCUACCAGCUAAAGCUCAAUUUGACCUCGAAUACGAUCCUAAAAAAUUCAAUUUGGAUGUUGAGGGAAAUUACGUCGACCGCAAAUUUGAUUUCGAAGUUGAUGCCCGCACUGAGAUCAAGAAAGUUGGUGAUUACAAAGUGAAAUCGAGCCUCACUAUUGACAAACAAUCCAUAGAACUGUUUGUCAAACGCGACAUAGUCUCUGCCGACAAAUCUAAUUUGGAAAAUUACGUUGAAAUCAAAAACUUGGGCAAAUAUGAAUUGUCUGGAGUUGUUACACACAAGAACAAGCCUAACGAUUUGAACCUUGGCGCAAUUGGACAUUUCAAAAUGUCUGGUGGCAACUUAAGGGAGGAAGUUAACUUCGACGUAGGUAUCAUUGAGAACGACAGUUUGUACUCCGGACACGCUAAGCUAUCACGCGCUAAGGACGGCACUAUUGUGGACUUCUUGGCUAAGGUCAACCGCGGAGACAAUGUUAACGGUCAACUCAAAUUUCUGCUCAAGGACACUAUCAACGCUAAUGGACAAUUCAAAGUAACUGACAGCUCGGGCAAAGGAAAUGGAGUACUUAUUAUUGAAUUCAAACAGGCGCAGCGUAAAAUUAAAGCAGACGUUAAGUUCGUGUCAAAGGCACCGGAAUACAGCGCAAAUGUAGAGUUGUUCCUCAACUUUGACAAGGACAACAAAGACAAAAUACAUUUCGCCACCAACAACAAAGUCUCAGAAAAAUCUGUGGAAUCCAAGAACCAACUGGAGUACAACGGUAAGAAGGGAGAGCUGAAUGUUCAUCAAAAUGGUGAUUUGUUUGGCGUGGCGAAGGGAACUGCAGAAGUAGAGUUGGUGCUGCCCACGGAACGCUGCCUCACUCUUAAGAUAAACCGGGACAUUAGCUCCAAGGACAAUGUAUACAACGGUAACGCGGAAGGAUUCUUCUCUGACGCUGCAAAGAAGGGAGGUGCCGCCUCUACCGUGCAGUACAAAGGCAGGCUCAUAAACACUGACUUUGAAAAGACUUUCGACUACGAAGGGUCCGUGGACAUUCGCCUAUCAGAUGGACGCAAUAUGGUUAACAACUUCUUAUACAAAGAUGUGCCAAACGGCGACAAAAAUGAUGUCAAAGUGAAGCUCGAUGUAUCCGGUAGCUUGAUUCCGAAGAAGAUCUUGAUCGACGGAAGUGCGUCAUACAAGGACUUAACAGACUUAUACGCGUGCCACUUAAAGACCAGUUACGGAGAUGACCUCUCGGCGGAAGCUGUUGGAAAAUAUGCUGCUCACUUCCCCAACCAUGGAGAAAAGAAAUUAUUGAAUGACUUCUCGGUGACCGUAAGACUGCCACUAGAAAAGGCCCACGACGUUAAAUGGGUUUCAUCUUUCCUCUUCCUUCAACCUGAGGGCAAGGACAGCGAAGUAACUAUUAUCGAGUCUAUCCAAGUCAACGGAGACUUAUACAAGAUUGACGGCAGCGGCAAGUUCAACGAGAAAACCGGUAACAACAAACUGAAAAUCAUUGUACCUCACAACGACCCCGUUACCUUGGACUUUGGGUACAAGGCUGUAAUUCAAGGCGAUGAAAAGGGUGGUGAUGUUAACUUCAAGGCUCAGUAUGGCAAAGGCAAGACGAUGGCUUUGGCUAUCCAAGGAGCUGCCGCACCAAGGGAUUACAAACUAGCGAUUGACGCGGCCGCACCUGACAAUACCCAGGCCAAGAGGCUCUCAAUCAAUUUGCACAACAAGAACCCAACCCCUGACACCUACAACUCACUACUUUUGGUGUCCGUAGACGACCGCGUAUACAAAUCAGAGUCCGUUGUUGUUCUUUCCAACAACCACCCCUCGAUCGACUUCAAGUACAUCAGCCCAACCUCGCAGAAGAUUACCAGAAUGUACAUGGACGGUAAAAUGGAAAUUAACCGCGGUCAAGUGGACCUCAAAUUAGAGAACUUCCGUGAUUUCGACUUAGACGCCUCAUUCACGGCUGGCUUUGACAAAGAUAUCCUUGUCAAAUUCUACGGAAACUCGGCGAAAUUGGACCUGAAGGACUACCGUCUGGACAUUACCACCAAGGAUGCUGGAAAUGGCAAGAGGCUGGAAUUCAGCGCUGUGAAUGAUAACAAGAAUAUAUUGAGUGGAAGUACAUCAUUCAUCAAGAAAGAGGAAGGGCCCAAGACAAUCAUCGAAGGUUCUGGAACAUUAAAGGUCAAGGACACACAGAAACCAGCUAACUUCAAGUUCAUCCGCACAAUGCUUACAGAGGGCUCUGAACAAGGAGUUGAGACAUUCAUCAACGUAGCGGUCGGCGAACGCAACCACGUGGUAGAAUCCCGCAUUACUAAUUUGGAGUACAAGAGCUCGUAUGUUUACUGCGAAGAGACCAAACAAUGCGCACACGCAGAACUAAACUCCAAGAUCAACGUUAAUCAGCCCGGAGUAGUCCAACACCUCUUCAACGUUGGCUUUGACUUACGCAAACUCGGAUUUGCCACUGAGUUCGGUCUGGAAGCUGUAAACGAGUUCUCCGACAAGAUGUUCCCGCAAUACCAACUUAAUUUGCACGUAAACCGACAAACGGAGAAGAUUCAUCUCAACGCAUACAGCAAACCUGAAUUUGGCAAAUUCCCAGCUGGUAUCACCAUCGAACUCCCCAAACGCGUAUUCGCAGUGGAAUCCCUCGUCCAAUACCCCACAGACAAGUCCCUACCGUUCCCGGUCCGUGCAGAAAUCAGCCUGUUCCCGGACAAGAAGAGGCCAGAAACAAAGACUGGAGCUCGAUUCCUGGUGGACCUCAACGUUAACAACAAGGGCGGAGACGGUGUUGCUGAACUUGGAUUCGUUCACCCGAAGAUACGCAAGGAGGCCCUGAUCCGUCUGAGUGGUGGAAUACAACGUCCCGAUGAGAGCUCCAUCAAGAUCUCUAGUUCCGGUCUCGUCUCUCACCCGCUACUUGGAAACGACCGCAAAGCCGAAUUCAACCUGGAAGCUAAUCCCACUCACGUCAAACUUUUGUGGAACACCCCAAUCGUGAAGGUCAUUGACCUGGAAGGAUCAGCCGUGUUCAAGGACAAUCUUCAACAGGCGGAUGUCCGUUUCAGCAUCUUACAGCUUAAACCUGUACAAAUCUACGGCGUGGUAAAGGACUUCCAGUACUACGAGUUCACAACUGGAUACAGUGAUGAAAAGGAACGCAAGCUCUCAGUAAUCGGUCACAUUGAGCCCGAGAAGCGCGUAGACUUCUCCGUUGACAUCGUUUUGCCAGGACAAAAGAAGAACAUUGUACACGCUGCCCUAUUCAUGAAGGACAAUCUCGUUAAAUCAGAAUAUGGUAUCUCGCAGGAUAACUACAACCACUUUGUGACUGCGUUCAGGAGUGAUUUAGACACACUCUUAGCUAAGUCCAAGGAGAUCAAUGAAAAGGCCAGUGGGGACUUCAAGCAAAUGCUGAAACGCGUUGAACCCAAAGCCAAGGAGCUUGAACAAAUGUACCGCGAAGACUUCCAGAAACUGAUGCAAGAGAUCACCAACGACAAGACCAUCAAGGAGCUCUCAGAGGCUGCACACGAUUUGAUCCAAAUCAUCGCAAAGAUGAUCGACGAAGUAGUGACUGUGACGAAGCCAAUCGUAGACAAGUGUAUCGAAGCCGUUACUACAGUAUCCAAGAAGAUUUGCGAAUUAUACGAGCAACAGGUUGAACCCCAACUGAAGGAACUCUACACGAACAUAAUGGCAGUUGUCCGUCAGUACUUAGACGGUAUUAUCGAUACGGCCGCACAUCUGUCUGCUAUCGUCAUUGAUUUCUUUGAGAAACACAAGGCUGAGGUUGAUGAACUCGUCAACACCAUUUCUAACAUCUUCAAAGAUAUCGUACGCAUUCUCUUCGCGCAAAUGAAGGAAUGGCGUGUCCGAAUCUCUCAGGUAUUCUCCGAAGUCACACAACAAAUUCAAGAAAUUCCGAUCUUCGCCAUGAUCAAGGAAAAGUGGAAUGAACUGGCAGUCCCAGAACAAGCUUUAGCCAUCGUGCAAGAGGCCCAUCAAGCAGUCCGCGCUUUCCUUCCUACCGACGAAACCAAGAACUUCUCUGAUGCCCUCUUCAACUAUGUACAAAAGAAACUUAAGCAAGAGAAGAUGGACGAACAGGCAGAACUCAAGAUCGUAUACGAGAAGUUGGUGGUGGCAGUCACGUCUUUGGUACAGUUCGUCAGAACCAACCUCAGUCAUUUGGGUAUCUCCACUGCACCUAUCCUCGGAUUGCCAUCGUUCUCUGGCCCCAGCGCCAUAUCUGCUCCAACCUUCGGUGGAUCUGCAGCCUUUAGCUUCAUUACUCAGCUGAUCAACGGUGACAUCCCUGAUCCAUUCAGACUCUUCUACACUUACCGUCCACGUAGCUUCAACCCACUUGAUGAGGUGCCAGCCAAGAUGCGCGCUGUGGUCGUGAACGGCCAACACAUAUUUACAUUCGAUGGGCGUCACUUGACGUUCCCUGGCAACUGCCGCUACGUACUCGCACACGAUCACGUCGACCGGAACUUCACUCUGCUCCUCCAAAUGCAGAAUGGAAACCCCAAGUCCCUUAUUAUGGAAGACAAGAACGGCGCAGUUAUAGAACUCAAGGAGAACGGACAGGCAACCAUUAACGGUGCUAACCACGGCUACCCGAUCAUAACAGAAAACUCGUUUGCCUUCAAACAACCCAACGGUCGGAUUGGUUUGGGAUCGCUGUACGGCAUCAUGGCUUUCUGUACUAGCAAACUUGAGGUGUGCUACAUUGAAGUAUCAGGAUUCUACCUUGGCAAACUUCGUGGUCUCCUCGGAGACGGAAAUAACGAACCCUACGAUGACUUCAGGCUUCCCAAUGGCAAGAUCACGAAUUCUGAAAGCGACUUCGGUAAUGCAUACCGUAUGGCCGGAAGCUGUCCACAAGUGAAGACUCCGGAGCACACCCACCACCAACUUCACUCCACUCUUCCACCUGCUUGUGAAGCUAUCUUCGGAGGCACCUCCUCUCUUAGACCCUUGUCCUUGCUGCUUGAUAUCGCUCCAUUCAGACAAGCCUGCAUUCACGCGGCUUCCGGCGAAGGCGAACAAGCAUUACACCAGGCCUGUGACCUCGCCCGAGGUUACACAGCAUUAGCCCUCACUGGCAUGUUACCAGCCAUCCUUCCAGAGAAAUGUGUGCAAUGCACGGAUGGAGACCAGCCAAGGAAAGUCGGAGACAUGUACGAGUUCAAAUUACCCGCCAAACAGGCUGAUAUUGUCGUCGCUGUUGAAGUUACCAAGGCAAAUGAACAAAACUACAAGGACUUGGUCGUCCCUCUGGUGUCACAAGUGAUCGACGGACUGAAGAGCAAGCGCAUCUCUGACAUUAAGGUCUACCUCGUUGGACUUACUUCUAAGUACCCAUACCCCAUCAUGUACGACACUGACUUGAAACUCAAGACCGCGAAGGUGGUGUUCGAUGAUGAAAGCAGGUACGAAAGCUAUGAGGGCGUCGUCACCGGAAACAAAUACAUCGACACUGCAGAAAAAAUGGUACUUGACCUCAUCGAAACACUGCACACGAGACUUGGAUUGACCAACAUUAUGGCCUCGUACAAUUCCAUUCUGGAGUUGCCGCUCAGACCCGGUGCUGUCAAACAUCUGAUCAGCUCCAUCGGAGGACGAUGCGUACCACAACUGUUCUUGGUGGAAACACUCCGUACAGCGGUACAAAAUAUAUGGAUGGAAAAUAACGCGUACAGUGUGUCCAUUAUCACUGAUACCAAGGAAUUCCCGCCUGUUGGAGGAAAACCAGUUGUUGGAUUCUCCAGGGACUCUGUCCUAGUGUUGGGUGACAAGAAGCAACGGGACACGACAGAACAAAGAGCCAACCUUGAUAUUGGAGAGAGGGACGGAUGUGUUGAGUUCGCACAAGACACUGACGGCUUCGUAUUCUCCGCAUCGACAUACAGAGGCUUUAACCCCGCUCAACGUAAGCAGUUCCUUCAAACGGCUGCGGCGUCUGUCACCAACCGUCUACUGCAGUACUCGUCCGUGCAGUCCUGCACUUGCACUUACGUCGACCCCUUCAGAGUGCGUUCCCUCUGUGUCACUGAGGACAAGAAGGAGGCUGUAAGUCGUCAUUUUAAUAUAUCUCAUUCGAACAUUAGGGAGCGUUCAAGUAUAACUAACAAAUUUGGAGGGUAA